GGUUCGCCUUGUCUGCGAUGAGAACAUCUCGUUCAUUUGGUUUUUGUCUUCACCCCAUAAAGUUGAUACAACUACAAAAUGGCGGACGCAGCUCCAGCCCGUAGUGGAUUCCGAGGUGGAUUUGGCUCUCGCGGUGGUCGUGGUGGACGUGGUCGUGGCCGUGGACGCGGCGCACGCGGUCGUGGUGGCAAGGAAGAUUCCAAGGAGUGGGUGCCAGUGACCAAGCUGGGUCGUCUGGUGCGAGAGGGCAAGAUCAAGUCGCUCGAGGAGAUCUACCUCUACUCGUUGCCCAUUAAAGAGUUCGAGAUCAUCGAUUUCUUCUUGGGCUCUGCUCUGCGCGAUGAGGUCCUCAAGAUCAUGCCCGUCCAGAAGCAGACGCGUGCCGGUCAGCGCACACGUUUCAAGGCUUUCGUCGCCAUUGGCGACAACAAUGGCCACAUCGGUCUGGGUGUCAAGUGCAGCAAGGAAGUCGCAACCGCUAUCCGUGGUGCCAUCAUCCUGGCUAAACUGUCUGUUGUGCCCGUACGUCGUGGCUACUGGGGCAACAAGAUCGGCAAGCCCCACACCGUGCCCUGCAAGGUUACCGGCAAGUGCGGUUCCGUAUCGGUGCGUCUAAUCCCAGCGCCCCGUGGUACCGGUAUUGUCUCAGCUCCCGUACCAAAGAAGCUGCUGACCAUGGCUGGCAUUGAGGAUUGCUACACCUCCGCUCGUGGCUCAACCGGUACCUUGGGUAACUUCGCCAAGGCUACCUAUGCUGCUAUUGCCAAGACAUACGCCUACCUGACUCCGGACUUGUGGAAGGAAAUGCCUCUGGGCUCCACACCCUACCAGGCAUACUCUGAUUUCCUGUCGAAGCCAACGGCUCGUCUGCACGCCGAUGCCUAAGAUCAUCGUGAACCAGAUUUUUUGAAUAAACAAAACUUCUAUAUUACA